AUGCACCAACUUGGUGAUCAGCUAGCCAGCGGUGGUCACACUGUGACACAAGGGCAAUGUCUUAUUUCAGGUUUUCCAUCAGUAGCUUGUGACAUGCACCAGUUGGGUGGUCAGCUAGCCAGUGGCAAUAACACUGUGACACAAGAGCAAUGUCUAAUGGGCUGCAUGGUGAUCAAUACGUGUCUUGGUGCGGAUUACAACGAGCUAGAAAUGAGCUGUUAUUGGCAUCUUGGAGACACAGUGUGUUCACCGCUUGUGCCAAAAGAUGCUUGCAAAAACUUCAGAAAAGUUGCGUGCAAUGGCGACACUCCUAUAAUGACAGAACGGAAUCCAGGAUUUCACGUUCUUGGCGGAACGGUCUUCUGUAGAGAAUGUACGGAAGAUGUCUGUUUAGCUGAGUGCGUGCGCAACAAUUCAUGUCUAGGUGCUGAUUAUAACCGAGCUGAUAUGUCGUGUUUCUUCCAUUAUAACGACACUGUUUGCGACAUGCUUGUCAUGAAACAAGAUUGCAUUAACUUUAGGGUGUCCUCUUGUUCAGGCGAUGGCAACACGGUCGACACUGGACCAACUACAGCGCAGCCACCAGGAGGUGUUGCCCCGGGGAGAGUUGCCGCACCACAAGGCAACUUCAUGGUCAUGAACUUUCCUGGACCCGAGACAUUACCUUCCACGGCGUUGGCAUACCCGGCAAGCAAUACAAAAAAUGGGCGUCUUCGGGGUUUCGGGCUAACAGGUCAAGAAUGCGUUGACCAGUGUUUUGCGGAAGUGACGUGUUUGGCGACGGAUUUCAACAGCGUCGAUGGGUCAUGCUGGAUACAUACCAGAAUGACGUCAUGCGAUCCUUUGAUGCAAGCCAAUCAAUUAUAUCACAUUAAGAAAACUGCAUGUCCUGCGCCGUUCCCAAUGCCAACAUUCUGAUGAGGACUUUUGAGGCCAAAUUUUAUGUUACAUCAGCCCAGGAUAAAGCAAUGAUUAUAAUAAACAAAUAAAUUCGAAUAAUGAAAUAAAUCAUGUGUAGAGUAUUCAAGAUGUGUAUUCAAU